AUGCCACCGCCUCCUUGCACCGCCGCGCAAGCCCUCAGCGAGCUUGGCGGCAGCCGCCCGGGCUACGCGGACAGCGACCCCAGGCGCAUUUUCCAGCCUGACUUUGUCUCCUUGCCCGUUGUGGGCGGCCUGGCGGACGGCGAGCAGGACCAGGUGCGCUACAGCAACUUCGCCAUGCAAAUGCUGGGGGCCGGUCUGGUCACCAUGCGUGCUGAGCGCCCAGCCACGGCUGGCAUCUUCUUCGUGGCGAAGAAAGACUGGCGCUUGCGCAUUAUCUUGGACGCCAGAGCGGUCAACGACCUCUUUGAAGAGCCAGCGCGCUCGCGUCUGCCGACUCCCGCGCCAUGGGCCUCCGUCGAGAUCGGGGUCACAGACGACCUCAUCCAGUCCCAGAUGGACGUCGACAACGCCUGUUACCGUUGCAAGUUUCGGCUCGGCACCUUCAUCGAGCCAACAAGAAGCUGGCGACCUAAGCUGGGCGUAGGCGCGACAGGGUACGUCACGCCUCACCUUGAGGUCAUGGCCAUGGGCCGGUCGUGGGCUCUAUAUUUCUGCCAGGCGAUGGCGACGGCCAGCGCGCUCCGCGCGGGCGUGCCGUCAGAGGCCUUCUUGCUGGACAGGAUGCCCGCGCCCGACAUCACUGGCGACAAGUUCGGGGCGGCGAUCUACGUCGACAACGCGGGGGUCAUUGGCGCCAGCGACGACGUCGUCAGGGACAUGGCCAAGAAGCUAUACGCCCAGCUCGCCGCGGACGGUCUCCAGUGCAAGGAUCUCGAGCAUGGGCUGCCCGAGGCCCAGUUCACGAGCAUGACGCUUGACCGGGCCACCGGGCGCAUUUCAGUCGGCCGCCGCCGAUGCUGGAAGGUGCGCCUUGCCAUCGCGGCUAUCCUCGAGGACGGGUUCGUCUCGGGGGAGGUCUUGCAUCGCAUUGUAGGGCACUUCACCUGGAUCUGGCCCGCGGUAGCCCGGGAGCUCCGCUGGAUGAUGGCGCUGCUGCCUUUGGCCUACGCGAACAGCAAGAGGCCUUGGUGCACGCAGGUCGUCGCGACGGACUCCGAGGGCGCCGACGUCGCGGACAACGGCGGGUUCGGCAUCGCAGUGAAGCCCUUCGACCUCAGCACAGUGAGAGAGUGGGGCCGGCAGAGCGAGCGCUGGAGGUUCGCAGUUGAGGACGCCGUGCAGGCCCGCCGCCGCGCCUUGGCUUCCGAUGCGGAGCCAUCGGCAGCGCCGCGGCCGUGCGAGGGGGCUCUACCAGAUGAGCUCCCUCCCGAGUUCAUGGACAUCAGGCGUGAGAGUAUCGGCCCAGAGGCGCGCGCCUCGCUCCAGGCUGCUGUCGAGGCGCUGGCCCAGGCCAGCGGCGACCCGGACGCCUCGCCCGAGUUCGACGACGGGCUGUGGGCGCGCAAUUUCGGCCAGUACUUCUGGAAGGUGAACGAGGUGACGCGUCUUUCUGCCAUGAUGUACGACAAGUACUUGCAGGACUUCCAGACCUGGGCCUGCAGCAGCGCCCCGCCGCUGGAUGCCAGCGAGGACAGCUCUCUCGCGAUGCGCGAGUACCUGGAGGACCUCUGCUUCAAGGGCCACAACCACGAGAAGGUGAUCGCGGCGCUGGAGUACAGGGUCACGGGCAUUCGCAGCGCGAAGGUCAUCGAGCGGGCCAAGAACACGCUAGAGGGUUUCAGGAGGCUGAAGAUCUGGGCGCUGGUGCUGGCGCCCGAGGAGGAGGCCGUCUUCACGAAGACCAAGGAGUCCGACGUGAGCAUCAUGCGGGACAGCCCGGAGCGGGUCUGCCUCUACCCACGCCUCUCAACCUGGAGGAAGCGCUCGGGCCGGGGCGAGGCGUGGUCAUUCGUUUAUCGGAAGUUCUCGUGCCUGUUCAAGCGCGUGGCGGGAGCUGCCGGCCUGGGCCAGGCCAACUUCCACCCGCACAUGAUGCGGCACGGGGGCGACAGCUACGAUGCACUCCAGCUGAUCCGCAUCUUGAAGGAGAUCAUGCAUGCAAGAGUUCUGAAGUCGCUAGAGUGCCUGCCCAUGCCGGUGCGGGACUACGGCCUGGCCAUCGAGGGCCAGCUGAAGGUGCUGCUGGCCCUGCAGGUCUAG